UGAGUUGCAAAGAUUCAUCUUCAUUCAUGCGGGCUGUCAAUCAAAUUUCAAUCAACUCUUUGGGUCUCAAGCUGCCUUCAAUCUUGAUUAUUAUGAGUGCUUGUCGAAGGGCGCUCCAGCGGGUAGGGGCCACAUUUGACACAUUGCGCAUACGUCACAUGGGCGCAGGCUUCAAACUCACUCAAACAUGUUGCGUUGCCGUUGCCCCUACAACUCCAACAACGAACUGCGAGCGGUGCUGGGUGGUGGGUGGGUGGUUUUGCAGUUGGAGUUGGCGUUGGCUGUCGCUCACUUCCGCUUGGAGCCGAGAGUUUUUCGUUUAAGUUCUCGGCUUUUGGUUCUGCUGUCGGCCUGACGUUUGCCGCCUGUUGGUUGGCUGGGCUUUGUAAUACGUGGGGCACCUACCCCUGCCGGCAACGCCCCGGAACGUGACCAAAAUGAAUUGUAGGCGUGCACCAUGUCAGUCGGCGGAAGCAUGCCAAGAAAUCCGCAUUGCUGCAGUAACUGCCGCUCCUGCUGCUGCUGCAGUUCACCCAGCGGCCCAGCUGCAGUUGCGUUUAAGAUGAAUUCCGUCAAUUUCAGUCGUUUUGUCUAUUGACAUUUGCCUGUUCGGAUUUUGCAAUCUGAUUGGCCGUCGCUUAGGGACAACCUGGGUGCAGAAUGCGAGCGGGCGGCCCUGAGUUUCCUGGCUGGGUAGCACUUCAUAGCCAUUUCUGGCUUUGUUUUAAGAGCUUCUGUCGUGCCACAAAAGUUUGAAGCACUUGCUUACGAUUUCAAGUGCAUUUGUUGGGCCCGUCAUAAUUUCGAGCCUGCAAUUGCUUCGAUUUGCUCCUACCGCUCCCUGCGGCAGCCAAAAGUUUUCCACUCAAGCCACUGACGCAAAUCUCAGCUGUUAAGUUCUUCACUUUGGUUAUGCUAAUGAGGCAACUUUUGUCCUUGUUCGCACAGGUCCAAUGCGCAAAAACGAUUCCAAAAAUUAUCAGCUUGUAUGUAGUUGGAGCAUGGUGUUCUUGUACAGCAAGUCCUUAAGUACACUCAAACAACAUGACUUGAGCUUCUUUAAAUUUUAGGUAACUCUAAAUAAAAAUUUCCCUAUGGAAUAAUUAAUUGUUUGAACCUAUGCAAUAGGCUUCUAGCAUAUGAAUGAGAUUUUAUUUAGUUUGCCAUAUGAAAUCCACUUUUAAAUAAUAAACUUUCAUGAAUGAACAACAAUUUGAAAACUAAAAUACUCAAAUAUGAGAUAAGGAUCUACUGCCAGCUCUUCUUGAAAGGUGAAAACGAACAUUUGUGCCUUGUUAAUAAUUAUGCGCAAUCAAAAUGGAAAGUUUAGCUAUUCUUCUAUUGUCAAGAGUUGUUUACUUCGGUCGAUAUAUUUUUAAUAAGUCUUUACACACGCCAUAUGCGAAACAUUUCCGAAAUAACCAAAACCUACCUAUGUAUGUACUUCAUUACAUAGGCACACCUAUUGGUAAAAGCCUCAGCCAUGUUCAACAAGCAAAUCAUAUUUUCACCCAUAUCUCGAUAAGAUAUUAUCUUCCAUACAGCAUGUUAUAAAAGCCGGAGUACACAGCCCAAGUUCUGUGAAUCAGUUGGAAGACGUUGGAAGCGUUUACCCGGCAUGAAAUACGCGACCCUAUUACUGAUCGGGCUGCUGCUGGCCGCAGCUCUGCUCAGCGAGGCCCAGAAGCAGGCUGGCAAGACGAAGAACAAGUCCAAGUCUAAGAACAAGGAGAAGACAACUGUACCCCCACAGCUGGAGAGGCAGGCGCUUUUAAGGGCUGAGCCCUGCUCGGCGGCCAAAUGCAAGUUACCCGAAUGCCGUUGUUCGGAUGCGAUAUUGCCAAGACCUAAAUUCAAGGGCAAGGAGCAUGAGAUACCACAGUUCGUUACAAUCACCUUUGAUGAUGCCGUGAAUGCUGUGAACUAUGCCCAAUAUGAGCUACUCUUCGAUGGUCUGAGCAAUCCUGAUGGCUGCGCGGCAACGGGCACCUUCUUCCUAUCGCACGAGUACACGGAUUACGUGCGAGUGAAUGCAUUGUACAAUGCGGGUCACGAGAUUGCCCUGCACUCGGUGACCCAUGGCGACGGCACCGAUUAUUGGCGCGAAGCGGAUGUUGAGACUAUUGAACGUGAGUUCGGAGCCCAGCUGCAGAUGCUGGAGACGUUUGCAAAGGUGAAUGCGAAGCGUGUACAGGGCAUCCGGCUGCCCUUCCUGCAGAUUUCCGGUAACAACUCCUUUGAGGCAGUCAAGAACCUGGGUCUGACCUAUGACAGCUCCUGGCCGACGCAACAGCACAAGGAACCGGCUAUGUGGCCCUACACCUUGGACUACCUGUCCAUACAAGACUGUCAGAUCGGUCCAUGUCCGGAUGCUGCGCUGCCCGGCGUUUGGGUGAAUCCCAUGGUUACAUGGACGGACACUGAGGGCUACAGCUGCUCCAUGAUCGAUGCCUGCGCCUAUCCGCCCGCAGACGAUGUGGAUGCAUUGUUCGAGUGGAUGCUGGAGAACUUUAAUCGUCACUACAAGGGCAACCGGGCGCCAUUCGGCAUGUAUCUGCACGCAGCUUGGUUUGCACGGGGCCGCAACUACUUUGCUGCCUUCAAGAAAUUCAUGCAUCAUUUGUCAACCUAUCCGGAUGUGUACAUGACGGGCGUAUCGCGCAUGUUGGAGUAUGUGAAAAAGCCGGUGCUGGGUCAGCCCUUCAAGAGCUGCGAGGAGAAGCCAAACACCAGUUGCCAGCCGGUGCACUGCAAUGUCCAGAAGGUGUCCACGGGCGAGACGCGCUACAUGAGCGUCUGCGACAAGUGCCCAAUUGUCUAUCCUUGGUUGGGUAAUCCAUUGGGCCAGGAUAUGUAAAUGUUGCACACCCAAUAAACACAGCACGAUAUAAUGAA